AUGCCCACCCCAUCCGAAUCACAAGACCAACCAACCUGGCCCUCCAUCCUCACCACCGCAAAACACACCCCGCGCACCUCAACACCCAAACCCGACCUCCCCUCCGCCGAGCAACAAUCCCUCAUCGACGCCCUGCGGUCCCUCCCCCUCACAAACCCCCCAGACUCAAACUCAGAUGCAGAUCAAUCGGACCUAAAAGCCGCCAUCGCCGAUAUUCUAUCCGAAUACGAGGACGAGGACGAAUCCUCGACCUCAACCGAAAGCAGAAAUGAAAGCAAAAAAGAAAAAGAACAAUGGGAAAACCUCCACGCCUUCCUGGCAUUCAUCACCAAAGAGAGCAUUGUUCGGUUAGAAGAUGUAGGGAUUCAUGUCUUGAGGGUUGCGCUGGAGAGGGGCGAGCACCACCACUAUCAUCACAGUCACCACCAGCAGGGUCCUGCUGUUGGUGUGCCCCCCGGGACCGGGAAACGGAAAAAGAUGGCGGUUUUCGUCUCCUGUGCGGCCAUCUGGGCGUUGGUCAUGGGGGAGGAAUUGUGGGAAAGGAGGCAUGAAACUGAAGAAUUCCCCGUGGGAUUGUCGCUGUCGCUGUCGCCUUCGCCGCGCGAGUCUGGUGCUGCGGGGGACGCCGCGGCCACUGUCUCCAAAAGCCGCUGGCAGAUGUGGAUUGAUCGGUUCCAGUUUCUGAGUCUGGCCGAUGAUCUGGACAUCAAGACUAGGGAAUUGGCUGCCGAGGCCGCUGCCGUGAUGCGUCGGGUGACUUAG